CGUAGCGGCUCCUUUAGGCUCGGCGGCGGCGGCGGCGGCCGUUGCUCGCAUCCGCCGUCGCGACUUUCCGCUGGAGUCUGAGUCUCUUCUUCCAAGAUUCACGUCUUAGUGGACGUUCCAAGAGAAAGCCCGAGGUCGCGAUGGAUCUUGAAGAAGGCCGCAGUGGAAGUGCAGGGGGGGAGAACUUCUUGAAAAAGGACAAGAAAAGGUUUUUCAGUAAAAAAGAUGAGAAGAAAGAAAAGAAACCAACUGUCAGUACUUUUGCAGUGUUUCGCUAUUCGAAUUGGCUUGAUAAGUUGUAUAUGGUGUUGGGGACUGUGGCCGCCAUCAUCCACGGAGCCGGACUGCCCCUCACGAUGCUGGUUUUUGGAGACAUGACGGAUAGCUUUGCAAAUGCAGGAAAUUUAGGAAACCUGACUAUUUCACAACUAACUAAUGGAAGUUUUCUGGACAGUACGUAUUUCGGCGAAAAGCUGGAGGAGGAAAUGACCACGUACGCCUAUUAUUACAGUGGAAUCGGGGCUGGCGUGCUUGUCGCCGCUUACAUCCAGGUUUCAUUCUGGUGCCUGGCAGCAGGAAGACAAGUAUACAAAAUUAGAAAACAGUUUUUUCAUGCUGUCAUGCGGCAGGAGGUAGGCUGGUUUGACGUGCAUGACACUGGGGAGCUUAACACCCGGCUCUCAGAUGACGUCUCCAAAAUUAAUGAAGGAAUUGGUGACAAAAUUGGAAUAUUCUUUCAGUCAAUGGCAACAUUCUUCACCGGUUUUACAGUAGGAUUUACACAAGGUUGGAAGUUAACCCUUGUGAUUUUAGCCGUCAGUCCUGUUCUUGGUCUGUCAGCUGCUAUCUGGGCAAAGAUACUAUCUUCAUUUACUGAUAAAGAACUCUUGGCAUAUGCAAAAGCUGGAGCAGUAGCUGAAGAGGUGUUAGCAGCAAUUAGAACUGUGAUUGCAUUUGGAGGACAAAAGAAAGAACUUGAAAGGUACAACAAAAAUUUGGAAGAAGCUAAAAGAAUUGGAAUAAAGAAAGCUAUUACAGCCAACAUCUCUAUGGGUGCAGCUUUCCUGUUGAUCUAUGCAUCAUAUGCUCUGGCAUUCUGGUAUGGGACCUCCUUAGUCCUGUCAGAAGAUUAUUCUAUUGGACAAGUACUCACUAUCUUGAAGGGCCUCAACUUGAAGGUAGAGAGCGGGCAGACGGUGGCACUGGUUGGAAACAGCGGCUGUGGGAAAAGCACGACGGUCCAGCUGAUACAGAGGCUCUAUGACCCCACGGAGGGCGUGAUCAGUAUUGACGGACAGGACAUCAGGACCAUCAAUGUCAGGUAUCUGCGGGAAAUUAUCGGUGUGGUGAGUCAGGAACCUGUGUUGUUUGCUACCACCAUAGCCGAGAACAUUCGCUACGGCCGUGAAAAUGUAACCAUGGAUGAGAUUGAGAAAGCUGUGAAGGAAGCCAGCGCCUAUGACUUCAUCAUGAAACUGCCUAAUAAAUUUGACACCCUGGUUGGAGAGAGAGGGGCCCAGCUGAGUGGUGGACAGAAGCAGAGAAUCGCCAUCGCUCGGGCUCUGGUUCGCAACCCCAAGAUCCUGCUGCUGGAUGAGGCCACCUCAGCACUGGACACUGAGAGCGAAGCGGUGGUUCAGGUGGCCCUGGAUAAGGCCAGAGAAGGCCGGACCACCAUCGUGAUCGCGCAUCGUUUGUCCACAGUUCGUAAUGCUGAUGUCAUUGCUGGUCUUGAUGAUGGAGUCACUGUGGAGAAAGGCAGUCAUGAUGAACUCAUGAAGGAGAAAGGCAUUUACUUCAAGCUUGUCACAAUGCAGACAAAAGGAAAUGAUAUUGAAUUAGAAAAUGCAGCUGGUGGAUCCGAAAGUGAAAUUGAUGCCUUGGACACGUCCCCCAAAGAUUUAGGAUCCAGUCUAAUAAGAAGAAGAUCAACUCGCAAGAGUAUCCAUGGACCACAAAGCCAAAACAGAAAGCUUAGUACAGAAGAGACUUCGGAUGAAAAUGUACCUCCAGUUUCUUUUUGGAGGAUUCUGAAGCUGAAUAUAACUGAAUGGCCUUAUUUUGUGGUUGGUAUAUUUUGUGCCAUUGUAAAUGGAGGUCUGCAACCAGCAUUUUCAGUAAUAUUUUCAAGGAUUAUAGGGGUUUUUACCAGAGAUGACGAUCCUGAAACCAAACGACAGAAUAGUAACUUGUUUUCACUCUUGUUUCUAAUCCUUGGAAUUAUUUCUUUUAUUACGUUUUUCCUUCAGGGCUACACGUUUGGCAAGGCCGGAGAGAUCCUCACCAAGCGGCUCCGAUACAUGGUUUUCAGAUCCAUGCUGAGACAGGAUGUGAGCUGGUUUGACGACCCUAAAAACACCACGGGAGCCUUGACGACCAGGCUGGCCAAUGAUGCUGCUCAAGUUCAAGGGGCUAUAGGUUCCAGGCUUGCUGUAAUUACCCAGAAUAUAGCAAAUCUUGGGACAGGCAUUGUUAUAUCCUUAAUCUAUGGCUGGCAGUUAACACUUUUACUGUUAGCAAUUGUACCCAUCAUUGCAGUAGCAGGAGUUAUUGAAAUGAAAAUGCUGUCUGGACAAGCACUGAAAGAUAAGAAAGAACUAGAAGAUGCCGGGAAGAUUGCCACGGAAGCAAUAGAAAACUUCCGAACUGUUGUUUCUUUGACUCGGGAGGAGAAGUUUGAAUAUAUGUAUGCCCUGAGUUUGCAGGUACCAUACAGAAACUCUUUGAGGAAAGCACACAUCUUUGGAAUCACGUUUUCCAUCACCCAGGCAAUGAUGUAUUUUUCUUACGCUGGCUGUUUCCGUUUUGGCGCCUACCUGGUGGCACAUGGCAUCAUAGACUUUCAGGAUGUUCUCUUAGUGUUCUCAGCCAUUGUCUUUGGCGCGAUGGCUGUGGGUCAGGUCAGUUCAUUUGCUCCUGACUAUGCCAAGGCCAAAGUGUCAGCAGCCCACGUCAUCAUGAUCAUUGAAAAAGCCCCUGUGAUCGACAGCUACAGCACGGAAGGCCUAAAGCCGAAUACAGUGGAAGGAAAUGUGACAUUUAAUGAAGUCGUGUUCAACUAUCCCACUCGACCAGACAUCCCAGUGCUUCAGGGGCUGAGCCUCGAGGUGAAGAAGGGCCAGACGCUGGCCCUGGUGGGCAGCAGCGGCUGUGGGAAAAGCACGGUGGUCCAGCUCCUGGAGCGGUUCUACGACCCCUUGGCUGGAACAGUGCUAAUUGACGGCAAGGAAAUAAAGCACCUGAAUGUCCAGUGGCUCCGAGCACACAUGGGCAUCGUGUCCCAGGAGCCCGUCCUGUUUGACUGCAGCAUCGGCGAGAACAUCGCCUACGGGGACAACAGCCGGGUCGUGUCACAGGAGGAGAUCGUGCAGGCAGCCAAGGAGGCCAACAUACACCCCUUCGUCGAGACGCUGCCUGAUAAAUAUAACACCAGAGUAGGAGACAAAGGAACUCAGCUCUCUGGUGGCCAGAAGCAGCGCAUUGCGAUAGCUCGUGCCCUUGUUAGACAGCCUCGUAUAUUGCUUCUGGAUGAAGCUACAUCAGCUCUGGAUACAGAAAGUGAAAAGGUUGUCCAAGAAGCCCUGGACAAAGCCCAAGAAGGGCGCACCUGCAUCGUCAUCGCUCACCGCCUGUCCACCAUUCAGAAUGCAGACUUGAUAGUGGUGUUUCAGAACGGCAAAGUCAAGGAGCACGGCACACACCAGCAGCUGCUGGCGCAGAAAGGCAUCUAUUUCUCCAUGGUCAGUGUCCAGGCUGGAGCAAAGCGCUAGCGAACUGUGACCAUAUGAGCUAUUAAAUAUUGCCUAAUAUUUGUGUUAAAAUAUGGCAUUUAAUCAAAAUUGAAAAAGUGAGCACUUCCUGGGAAAACGAUGUAGAGUUACUUAUUUAACAUUUCCUGCUGCAGUGGAAGAUCAUUCCACCCAGUUCAGAGUUUUCAGAGACUAUAAUUGAAGGAACAGAAAGAAACAGCAUCAGUUGGAGAAAAGUAAUGGUUUUAAUUGCAUUAUAAAAUUUAUAGAAUCAUUCAAAGUAGAUUUUGUUAAUAAAGUGUAUAAUUUUUGUUUAUAUUUUCUUAUUCAGACUGUAACUGACUACCUUGCUAAAAGAUUAUAGAAGUAGCAAAAAGUACUGAAUGUUUGUGUAAAGUGCCUAUAAUAAAACUAAACUUUUAUAUGACUGGA